UAUUGUUGUUUUCAGCAUUAGGUUCAAAAAUGGUAGAGAAAUCGUAAUCGGCAGUUUUGCAAACUCCAUUAUUGAUCAAACAAGCGCAUGACAACAGCUUGACGUCAAGUGCACAACACAAAAUGACCAAACUAACGAGACCCAACGAUUAUUUAUACGAUCCUCUGUUCACGGUUUCCGGCGAAAGGGACUAUUACAAAGCCGCCAUGGCGGCGAAGAUGUCCAGUGCCAAAUACGCGAUUUGUCCGAUUUUCCCCAGCAUGUUCUCAGAUCUUCCCCAUCAGCCUCGCCAGAUGAUAGUGUUGAGAAAGACGGGUUCCAUUCCACAAUUCAAGCCACAGGUUGAGUUCAGGAAAUCCGUGGACAUAAUCGGCGUGGACCGCUUUAAGUUCUUUCAAACACCGAUCCCCUUGUCCAUCAGCCCCGUGCUGACGACGCCGAGACUGACCUUUAGCCCUCUCAUCUCCGCUCAGAAACCGGCGAGGAAAAGGCACAAAAUGAUUCAAACCCAAUAUCGAGAGUCGUCAGCUCAAACCAUCCCCUGGCAGCCGAGCAGCUACACUAUAACGGACGAUAGCCAUCCCGAAUUAUUAAUGCUCGAUUUCUUAAAGUGGGGUUGCGGGUUACCGGCCGGCAUGCACGAGGUGCGCCUAAUCGAGAGGGCGCGCAUGAAGAGAGCGUGGGAGAAUUCACUGCCGCCCGCUACCGAUGAUGCCAGCAUCGAAAAGAUGCGGGCGAUGACUGAAGCGAUCGAGCGAGACGAGUGGGCCUUUCGAGAACAGGAAAUACAAGACAUACAAGACUUACGCUUGCAAUUGCUGGUGCGCAUGCUGAACGAGCUACACGCUAAGUCUCAUAUUAGAACUGAGAUGAAACUGAAAUCAUUUUGCAAAACAAAGAUGGCCGAAAAAGAGGAAAAGCUACAAAAGCUUCAUAGAGAUGGUAAUAGGGCGUUGCGCAAGUUAGAGAUGAGGCACCGCGGUAUCAAGCAAAGCUACCAUCCUGUAGAUAUCAUCGAGGAAUGCGCCGAUCGGAAGUCGGAGAUGUACGCGCCUUUAAUGCGACACGGCGAACACCCGUGGAACUGGCACCAAGUCAUUGACGAUCACGACAGGAAGUACCAGGCGCAAUUUCUGGGAGUCGAGGACGUGGGCACUCUUCCUCGCUGGCUGGACGACGCGACCGCCAUAAGAGAAUCGUCGAUUCACCUCCCCGGUACUCGACUCUGCAUAAGGGAGACCAAGUGGACCUCUCCGGUGCUGAAGGAGCUGUACGACGAGUUAAAACAUCUGCGCAAGAAGGAGAGACAAAAGUGCUCGCUGAAGGUUAAGGUCGAUGAACAGGAGAUACCAGAAGCGCAAACGCCGCAGGUAGCCGAAGGGGAUGACGGCGAAGAGCAACUGCACCAAUCCGUAAUUCUCAUGGAAAGGGUUCUUCGUGGUCGCGCCUCGCAGGUUCUGAUAUUUGAAGGGAGGGAUAGAUGCAGAGAACUGAUUCAGGAGUUGCGCAGUACGCAUGCGUUACAGGAGCACGAACGAGAAAAGGUGCUUCGAGAAAAGCUCGAGGUUGAAUCGCGACAGAGGGCCUACGAACUGUGUGUUAAAAACGCCAGAAUGCUGAAGGAGUCGUUGAGUAAGCUUUCGGGAGGCGUUGUCGGCACGCUGCUCGAUUUUCUCAACAAGGAGCAGCGAAGGUUGCUGGACGAGCGUAGGAUUCAUGCCAUGUGCUUGGCCUUCGAAAGGGAGAGAAACGCGCGCGAGGCCGCAGAGGGUGGAAGGCGUCAGGCUGAGAUACGAAGAAGGGCAGAGCAUGAUGAAAUUUUUAAGCAAGUUGCCAAAGUGACUCAAGACACCGUCGAUUUGUACCUGGAAGACAUAAUAACCGAAGGUAUGGAGUUCGCUUCCAAAACGGAGGCGAGUAACUACGUAAGACGUCUGGCCCAAAAGAUCGACAAUGAAGUUCGCUCCCACGAAGACCAAUCAACCUACGAAGAGAAGGAAGAGCUAGUGGCAAGCUUAGUGCACCACUUUUUACUGCCGGAAGCCGAAAAGGAACUAGUUCGAGAUAAAAUCAGAAAAAAACAACACAACCGUUUGAAGGCAGCUCACGACACCAUCUACAGCCAGUACGAUCGGUUGCCGAAGGCGGAACCGAAACCCAUCUCCGUCGAGGAGAACGUGUCGUACAAAACUGAAGACACUCUUUCUAGUGUGUCAGAGAUCAUCCACCAACAAACUACCGACAAUAGUAGCAGUCAAGUGACCGUCAUUUACAGUGCAACCAGAGCCGGACACUCAAAUUUCGAAAUGCUGAGCGAAAUCCAUUCGGUUAUGGAAUCUCUCAUUGACAAAGAAGACAUAUCGUCCAACAUAACGAUUGGUUCGAGUGGCGUUCCGGUAAAGUGUGCGGAAACGAACCUCGAUAUGAAAACAUUGGAGAUGCCGAUUGGUGUUAGCGAAGAAAUUGUAAAAGAGAGCAAAUCCUUCUUAUUAAACAGCCCUUAACAAAAUGCAUCACGUUUUUGUUAGUAAACAAUCUUUUAUUGCGA